AUGGUGCUUUUCAUUAUGCAGGUAAAAAACGAGGAUGUCUUAUUAGAUUCUAGCGAUUGUCAAACCAAAUGUCCAAUUCGGCGUCAAACCAUUCGAUCAUACCCACCUGGUACAGCAUUGUUUGUUGGGGACGAAUGCGUGUGUGGCGGAUCACAAGAAACCAUAUACGAAUAUGUACCACCUGUCCGGCAAGUGGAAACUCCGGUUGGUUUUAAACGAAAAACAAUUGAAUCUCAGUCCAAUAAUCGGGUAAUGGGAAAUUACGGUUCUCUCGUGUUCUCGGGUAAUGUUCAAAUAUUGAAUUUACUAAGCAUAAAAAACGACAACAUCCGUAAAGGAUGUUGUGAUCGCAAACCGUUGAAUCCGUCAAAUGAUAAAAUAAUAAUGAGUACACCUAGUAUAUUAGGAAUUAAUUUACUGACGACGACUGCAAUAUCAAGAUUCAACAAAGUCUCUGGUAAAAAAAACCAACAAAAUACGACACCUUCAGGUGUCAAAAACUGCACGGACCAAAAUUUUUCGAUAAUUACAGAACCAGUACUUCAAAAUUCGUUUACAACGGUAAGCGAAUUUACCUCUGAGAAUAUUGUCACCGAUGAACCAGAUUUAUCUGAUCAGUCCACAAGAAGUUCGGUCACACAAACGUCUUUAGACAUUGAAAUACCAACGUCUACUGUUAAUCCGCAGCAAAAGGAAGAUUCCAGAGUCUUUACGACGGAAGAUCCUAUGAUUUCGGAACAAAAUAGUACAUGCAAUUACUCAAAGAAAAGUGAAAAAAUUCCAAAUUUAGUCAAGAAACCCGAUUUCGAAAUACUUGUAAUAAAUACUAAUACAAUUCAUCUUAAUAAUUUACUACAACGAUUUCGUUUAAAAAAAUUAUAAUUUAAUAAUAACUAACAGGUAGGUAGUAAAUGUGAAAAAAAGGUCGACAUAGUUUUUCGAAUUAAAUCGUAUCAAGUUAUCGUAAUGUGUUGUGUGUAUCAAUUAUAUGUUUAUUCGUUUUACGAUAUAAUUAUUUUAUAAUAGACACCUGCUAUUAUCUAUAUUAACGGAUAUUAUGUGUUCCGAGGGUGACGAAACUGUUGUAGCACAUUCUAUUCUGUUUCAAACGAGUAUUAUCAAUUGCGUGCAAUACAGACGAUACAGUUAUAAGUUUAUAGUUGUGUUUUAAAUGUAUGUUAAUAAAAACCAU